AUGCUCAACAGGAUUUUAAUCGUGUACAUUGAUCUUUUUGAAGUUGCAUUGAACAGUAAGAAAAACUGGUUACGUCGUCUACGCUUUAACGGAAGACGAUUGAACAACAGAGGUAGUUGCUUAGGGUUUUCUUGUUCUCCAUGGCUGCCCAAUCUCUUUCGGAGAAUCAGCUCCAGGGCCAUGGUUAGUUCAUUCGUCGGACUGCCGCUCUCAAUUCCAACAACGGAUUCGAGGCAUAGAAAUUUUGGCCGAUACUCAUGUAUCGUCGCAACGGUCUCGUCUAGUCCCACAACUCCGACACCCGAGAAGGAAACUCCUGAAAAAACCGCCAAAUGGUCGUUUAGAUUCAUAAAGUCGUUUGCCAUGGGUGAAUUGGAAGCUAGGAAGUUGAAGUUUAUGAAUACUGGGACCGAAGCUCUGUUGAUGGGCAUAUUGGUUGAGGGUACUAGUUUGGCUGCAAAGUUAUUAAGAGAAAGUGGUGUAACACUGUUCAAAGUGCGAGAAGAAACUGUAAAAUUACUUGGAAAAUCAGACAUGUAUAUCUUCAGCCCUGAGCAUCCUCCAUUGACUGAACCAGCUCGCAGAGCCAUUGAUUGGGCAAUAAAUGAGAAACUGAAGUCAGGAGAAACAGGAGAAGUAACAACUUCUCAUUUGCUUUUGGGGAUCUGGGCACAAAAGGAAUCAGCUGCUCACAGGAUCAUGUCUGCACUUGGUUUUGAUGAUGAUAAAGCUAAAGAGCUUGCCAAAUCCAUGGACAUUGAAAUUAUUUUGAGCUUCAAAAGGAAGGGACUUUGAAGAACCUUGUAACACAUGUUCAUGUUCCUGCUUCAAUCUUCAUCGGCUGCUUGAGGACCACAAACUAUGCCAUGAAUCAACAUGAAAUUUGUAAUUUAAGGGGCCAAAAUCGUCAAAUCAUAUAAUACAAGAGGCUUUUAUUGUACAAUUUCAUAAGUCUGUAAUCUUAUAAUAUAUGGUCAUUCAGUUUGAGUUAGUUGGAAUAAAAGCUACCCAAGCUCAUAUCUAUCAUUCUUAAUUCAUUUAUUGAGAUUGCAUUCGUUCACU